AUGCGACAAACUCUCCGCAGGUCCUGUGCUGCCUGUGCCAAAUCAAAGUCCAGCUGCGAUCUCCGCACACCGCGCUGCUCCCGCUGCAUCAAGCGGCAAGUUGAGUGCACUUAUGCCAACGAACCCUUAACGGGGCCGGCAACUCACGGGCGGCAGAAUGGCGCAUCAACAGGCGCAUUGGAUGGAUCUGGCACUUUGACCAACUACAGAUUUGGGGCCCUUGAUCCUUUUGACUCGUACCCACAGACUAGACUACCUCGGGAGCAUGUUCAACGUUUGAUUUAUGGCUUCCUCCACAAGAUUGCCUUCCAGUACUACCCUCUUGAUCUGAACGCAACUUCAAACCCAUUUCUGAUCUCUUGGUGGCCACUUGCCCUAGGAGAUCCAGCACUGUUUCACGUCUCGCUCCAGACGGCCUGUCUUGAUGAAGAGUUGUUGGCACAGAAGGGCUUUCAGACAUCUGAACUUCUCAUGGCUGACUCUGUGGCUCUGGUACGGCGCAAGGUUGAGUCCACGUCACUAGCUGUGCAGGAUGGGACUUUGAACUCUGUCAUAACAUUAGCGACCAUUGAAUUUGGCAAAGGCAACUUAAAAGUUGGCGAAAUGCAUGUUGAAGGUCUAAAGAAAUUGGUCGACAUGAGAGGUGGCAUCAACGCUGUAAGGCAGACAAGCCCACUCACCGCCAGAAUGAUCAGUUGGGUAUCGAUGCUCAUAAUGGGCCACCCUCAAUUCAAGACCCAAGAUGACUUCGGCACUGGAGAUGGCAUACCCCCGAUCCCGGAAUGGCAACUGGACCCAACGGCGCUUAACGAUGAGUUAUUCGAUAUCGGCAGCAUUGGAGUUGACUACGUAGUCAAGAAUGUCUUCCUUCGUCUCCGACACGUCUUUCAACGAGCGCGCAACAUGCCCUUCCCAGCCACGCAACUUCAUGACCUUACCUGCUACGUCAUACACCGACUUCUACUUUCUGCCCCAGAUACCACAUUACCACAAUUAUCACCGAUGACAGAAUGCAUUCGCUAUGGAAUCAUACUCUACAUGUUCAUCGUCCAGGGGCCAACAUAUUACUCGCAUGCCGUCCUACUGAAUACCAUUGUCAUGCGCUUUAUGGAGCAACUUCAACAUCUUGCAUCAACGGCUCGUGUCUAUGAUUCCCUCGAUGUCUGGUUUUCCAUCGUCGGGAUGGUAGCUUCGGUUGGCACGGUUCACCACCAGUGGUUCAUCGUGAAAGCCCAAGAAAUAGCUAUUUCUCUACAACUGGCUGACUUUGAUGAAAUCCUUACCCGCAUCCAGUCCGUCUUGUGGUUGGAAAAAGCCCAGGUUGAAGACGUCUUUCGAGCUCAAUGGGAAGCUGCCAUCAAUGCCACGGAUCAACAGGUACCAUCAGACCUCACGAUGUUUUCCUUGCCAUACAACGAUAGCGAGAAGUUCAUAUGA